AUGGCCCAGGAAUACAAACUAAAAGAUAUCACCUCUCUAUCAGCCCUCUCCCCCCUCGACAAAAUUGAGGUCGAGGUCGAAGGCAUAGAAGAAGGAAAAGUCCUCCUCGUCAAUGCAAACGAUAAAGUCCACGCCAUCAGUCCGCGCUGCACGCAUUAUGGUGCGCCACUGAAGAAUGGCGUCGUUACGGCCGAGGGCAGGAUUACUUGUCCCUGGCAUGGAGCCUGCUUCAACAUAUCAACUGGCGACGUUGAAGACGCACCCGCUCCCAACGCCCUAAACAAGUACGAGCUCUUCGAGCGAGACGGUGCUGUCUACAUCAAUGCCAAAGAAGAAGAUAUCAAGUCCGGACAGCGGAAUCCCGUCGACAAAUGCAGCGUGGAGAAGCCGGAUGAGAGGGUGGUGGUUGUUGGCGGCGGAAGCGGAACCCUGGGCCUCGUCCAAGCCCUCCGCGAACUCAAAUACCCCGGCCAAAUCACCAUAAUCUCCAAGGAACCCGAUCUGAUCAUCGACCGAACUAAGCUCUCCAAAGCACUCAUCACAGAUCCCGCCAAAAUCCAAUGGCGUCCCCGAGAAUGGUACCACUCAGCCUCCAUCGAGACCUUAACAGAUGAAGUAACAGCCGUGGACUUCCCAACCAAAUCCAUCACUACCGCUUCCGGCAAGAAAAUCACCUACACUAAGCUUGUCCUCGCAACAGGCGGCAUCCCACGCACCCUGCCCCUCCCAGGCUUCAAAGGCGAACUAUCUAACAUCUUCACCCUACGCACAAUCCAAGACGUGCAGGCCAUCCUCGCCGCCGCAAAAGACAAAAAGAACAUCGUCGUAAUCGGCAGUUCCUUCAUAGGAAUGGAAGUCGGCAACGCCCUCUCAAAAGACCACAACGUCACAAUAGUAGGCAUGGAAUCCGCCCCCAUGGAACGAGUAAUGGGCCCCCAAGUCGGCCGCAUCUUCCAAUCCAACCUCGCCAAAAACGGCAUCCAGUUCAAGCUCUCCGCAAGCGUCAGCCACGCCUCCCCAGGCAAAGACUCCUCAUCUGUCGGCUCCGUUCACCUAAAAGACGGCACAGCCCUACCAGCCGACCUCGUCGUCCUAGGCGUCGGCGUCCGCCCAGCAACCGACUACCUUAAACAAAACAAGUCGGUAACCCUUGAAAAAGACGCCUCGGUAGCAACAGACGAGCACUUCGCCGUGAAAGGCCUCGACUCCGUCUACGCCGUCGGCGACAUCGCAACAUACCCGUACCACGGACCCGGUGGCAACGGAUCCCCCGUUCGCAUCGAGCACUGGAACGUAGCGCAGAAUGCUGGGCGGGCUGCUGCGCGCGCGAUAGUCUAUGCGCACCGCGGCAUCAAGGUUGCUCCUAAGCGGUUCAUCCCUGUGUUUUGGUCGGCGCUUGGGGCGCAGCUGCGGUAUUGUGGGUAUGCCGGGUCCUUUGAUGAUGUUGUUUUGCAGGAGAAGGGAGAGGGUAAGUUUGUUGCGUAUUAUACGGAGGGGGAGACGGUUGUUGCUGUUGCUACUAUGGGGGUGGAUCCGGUCAUGGUGCAGAGUGCGGAGUUGAUGAGGGCUGGGCGGAUGUUGGGGAAGAAGGAGGUUGUUGCUGGGGGGAAUGUUUUGGAUGUUAAGAUUGUUUGA